AUUUUUGUUAAAGCAGUCGUUGUUUCACCAACCAUUAGACCUUGGUUUCAUUUUCCGCUGUCAUGGUGAAGAUAUUCGUUGGGAACCUAAAUCCAGAAUCCAAAGCAUCCGAUCUCCGCAAAAAAUUUGAGGCCUUUGGGAAAGUUACAGAGUGUGAUGUUGUUAAUAAUUAUGGCUUCGUGCAUAUGGAAAAAGAGUCGGAGGCUGAAGCUGCAAUAGAAGGACUUCAAAAUGCCAUUCUUGAUGGGGUGAAAAUAAAUGUCGAACGCAGUCACGGAAAACGAGGUGGUGGCCCCGGACCUGCUAGACGUAGAAAUGAAGGGCGUUAUCGGGAUUAUCCACCGGAGAGGGGACCACGUGCACCACCUCGUUACAUGAAUUCCGGCCCACCUCCCCCGCGAAUGGGACGUUAUGGUCCGGGUUGGGAUGAUGGGUAUGGAGGGCCCUACGGACCACCACCACGUAACAACUCCAGAGGUUACGAUUAUCCCCCAAACGGUGCCAAUGGAAGGUAUCCGCCAAUUGACCGUGGAGAACAACACAGACCACUCCCACGUGGUCCAGCCCGUGACCCACUGCCCCCACCACCUAAUAUGGGAUAUCGUGGACCUCCAGUCCCUGAGCCUAUUCCAUCGUCUCGAGAUUAUCCUCCAAAACCUCCCCCGGUCAGACAAAGUUACGAUGUGUAUGGUGAAUUUGACCGGUACCGGGAGCCAAUAACGCCAUCAGGUCCUCCACGUGCAAACGAUUAUUAUGAUACAUACGGCAGUUAUAGCAGCGGAAACUACGAAGAUAACGAUAGAUCAAUGUCAAAUUACGAUUCAGGAUACGAUUACAGUUACUAUGACUAUGGGAUGGAUAGCAGAUCACCGGUUCCACCAAGAUCAGGAAACACUAAAAGAAAUCGAAAUUACUUGAGUGAGAUAUCGAUCAAGGGCGACAUGUUGUUCUGUGGUAGAAUUAAGUGACUUCUAUCAAAAUAUAUUGCAAGGUUGUUUCAGUACUCAUAUUCGGUAGUAACAUACAAUUUUCAACCAGGCCGUGACUCGAGAACGUUUAGAGCUGAAUUUUCACCAUAGGCGAGCUGCUGUCUGAGUCGAAACGGAUACAAAAGUUAGAAAUAGGAGAUAGUGCUCGGUCACAGAGACGAUAAUGAAAUUGGUGUCACCAUCUUGAAACACCGACUUCGGUGGCUUGGACAUGUUCUACGAAUGUCGUCCCAGAGAAUUCCACGUCGUGUAUUAUUUGCCGACUCUGGGACUGGUUGGAAAAAGUGGAGAGGUGAUCAGUAUAUGACAUGGUGUCGUGGUAUGAAAGAAAGCUGCAAAGGGCUAGCUUCUGUUGGUCCUUCACGACUCUCUGGUUUGGGUCCGAGAGACGGUGUAACGCAGUGGCUAGAGACGUUAUCAGAUAUGGCUCAGAAUAGAAGCCAGUUGCGAUCCUGCUGUAACCUUUUACUUUCUUCAUAAAAAGUGGUUGUAUCUUCCUUAACUGAAAGAUUUCUUCUGAUUGUACCUUUUCGUUUUCCCCAUCAUUGUUCUCUCUCUCUUUUUUUUAUAAUUCCCCACGUUCAUUACUUUUCUUUUCUCUUUUCUCCUCUUUAAAUUAUCAUUGUUUUGUGUGGCGCAUAUAUAUUUGGAGCCCCCCUGUACCAAUAUUUAUGUGUUCAAAUAAAUAAAUAAAAUAAUUGUAAGGUUGU